GCGUUGGAGCAAGCGGUGUGGUGGCAUUGUUGAUGAGCGCUAUUCGGGUUAGUGCGCUCUGCUACAAGUUCGCUAGCCGGACGUGGGCAGCGUUCGACAACAGAAAUGCCUGUAGAAGCCACCGCCCGACGGGGAGAAAUGACGGAGUUUUUCGGGCUGGUGGUUUAGAUUGUGCUGUCGAUCGUUCGUUGAGCUCUCCGCUCACUACGCCAACCGGAUUGCGGCGGAGCAUCAGCUACAGAAGAAAGAGGAGGGCGGGGUCGGGGAAGUUGCUGCGCGAAGUGGACCAGUUGCGACGUCGAGAGCUGCGGUUCGGUGUUGAUCCCGAUUUGCGCUUCCUGCGGACUCAGCUGGCGCGGACGACUAGCCGCCCUCGAUCUUGCUGGAGGAAACCUCUGUUUGAAACUCGCGGGCUACGCUCUUCUCGUUGUGGACCUCCUUUGAAGGUAGAGAGCUCGCAAGAUCAUGGUCGCCAUUUGCGGCAUGGAGAGACUGGAUUGAGCUUUGCUGACAGAGUCUACGAUUGCCUCUCGCCGCUUGUGAGACACGACAUGUCUAUGUCAUUUUCGCCGCAGGUACCUUCCCGCUUGCGCCGACCUGGUUGCGCCUGUUUUGCCUCGAGCUUGGCCAUCCCAGAUUCCAUCGACGAAGAAGGAUACGACUCCGCUUCUCCUGCUUUGCUCGGCGUUAAAGACCACCUUUCUGGUGUUCCCUCCGGAUUGGCCGUCGAUUCUUCGUGGCCACUGAUCCAUUGUGAGGAGGCGUGGGAAGAAAUGUCGGCCAGCAUCUUCACUGGAGAACUGCCAUCAUCUAUGGGGAUUGUUGAUGACAAACUCGUGGUUCACGGGGCACCGAUCCUUAUGGAAGUGCCGAACAAUGUCGUCAUUUCCCCUGAUGAGACUAUGUGGGGUGCCACUGGGGCUUUCCUUGGAGCCAAAUUUGACAGCUUCAGCAGCCACCACGUGGUGUCCUUGGGUGUUUUGCGCGUGAUCAGUACUGUGUCUCCCUUGGAGGAGGUGAGGUUUGGCGGCGUGCGCGCCUCGCCUCAAUGUAGGCGGCGGUUUGGCGGCGUUCACGCCAAAGACCCUUUGGAGCUGCGUCGCCCAUUGCAACGUAUGCGAAGCUGCAACUUAAAUGCAACAGCAGCAUACGUACAAAUAUCGGAGACCGGAGAAAGCAGGGCACUUUUUUCGAGCUCCACUGGUUGUUGUGGAUUCCAUACGUUGUUGUACCCUGGCGGUAACUGUGGAGCAAGCGGUGAAGCGGCGUUGUCGAUGACCUCUGUCUGGGCUAGUGAGCUCUGCUGCAGGUUCGCUGGCCGGACGUGGGCAGCGUUCGGCAGCGGAAAUGCCUGUAGAAGCCAUCGCUGGGCGGGGAGAAAUGGCGGAUUUCGGGCUGGUCUAGGUUGUGCUAUCGAUCGGUCGGUCAGCUUUCCGGUCGCUACGCCAGCGGGAUUGCGGCGGAGCAUCAGCUACAGAGGAAGGAGGAGGGCGGGGACGGGGAAGUUGCUGCGCGAAGUGGACCAGGUGCGACGUCGAGAGCUGCGGUUCGUUGGUGUUGAUCGCGGCUUGCGCUUCCUGCGGACUCAGCUGGCCCGGACGACUAGCCGCUCUCGAUCUUGCCGGAGGAAACCUCUGUUUGAAACUCGCGGGCUACGCUCUUCUUGUCGUGGAGCUCCUUCGAAGGUAGAGAGCUCGCAGACUCGUGGUCGUCGUUUGCGGCAUGGAGAGACUGGAUUGAGCUUUGCCGACGGAGCCUACGAUCGCCUCCCGCCGCUGGUGAGACACGUGUCUGCGCCAUUUUCGCCGCAGGUACGUGCCCGUUUGCGCCGACCUGUUUGCGCCUGUUUUGCUUCGAGCUCGACCAUCCCAGAUUCCAUCGACGAAGACGACGUCGAAGAAGAAGACGACUCCGCUUCUCCUGCCUUGCUCGGUGUUGAAGACCACCUUUCUGGUGUUCCCGCAGGAUUGGCUGUCCGUUCUCCGCGGCCACUGGUCCAUAGCGAGGAGGGCCUGGAAGAAAUGGCGGCGGGCAUCUUCACUGGAGAACUGCCAUCGCCUAUGGCGAUUGUCGACGGCAAACUCAUGGUGCACGGGACAUCGAUCCUCACGGAAGUGCCGAACAAUGUCAUAAUUUCCCCUGAUGAGACUAUGUGGGGUGCCACCGGGGCUUUCCUAGGAGCCGAAUUCGACAGUUCCAGCAGCCGCCACGUGGUGUCCUUGGGUGUUCUGCGGGAUCUUCGGUUUGUGUGCUGUUUUCGUUUCAAGCUGUGGUGGAUGGCCCAGGGAGUGGGUUCGCGGGGGAAGGACGUGCCAGUGGAAACUCAGUUUUUAUUAGUCGAGGGACCGGAGACGGAGGAGAGUGCCCUCGGUARUCGCACUGGCAGUAGCGACUCGUUGUCUGAGCUGCUGGCUGGUGGAGGUGCUUUUGGCGCUGGCCAGGUUGACGAGACGGCCGCUCAUGGGAAGAGAGUGUACACGGUAUUCCUGCCGCUUUUGGAGAAGGCUUUCCGGGCCUGUUUACAUGGCAACGAGAAAGAUGAGCUGGAGCUUUGUAUUGAAAGUGGUGAUCCUGCUGUCCAAACCAAAAGCGCUGCUGCUGCCGUUUAUGUGUCUUCUGGUAGAAACCCGUUCAACGUGAUUACUGAUGCUGUGAGGGCGGUUGAGGCACAUUCACAGUCUUUCCUACGAAGAGAGAGGAAACAGCUUCCCGGUAUGCUGGACUAUUUUGGUUGGUGCACGUGGGACGCCUUUUAUACUGACGUAACUCCUGAGGGCGUCCUCGAAGGCCUAUCCUGCCUGGUGGAGGGAGGAGCACCAGCCCGAUUUGUGAUCAUUGAUGACGGGUGGCAGUCCACUGGAAGGGACCAUGAUGAUAAUGCUGCAGAUGGUGCAGUCACGGCCGGAACACAGUUUGCCACGAGGUUGACAGCACUGAAGUCCAACGGAAAAUUUAUGAAGGAAAGCCCCAGUGAGAGAUCAGGCGGCGAUGCAGUGGCUUUACCUGGCAACUUUGGACACUUUGUGAAGAACAUAAAGAACACGUUCAAUCUAAAGUACGUGUAUGUUUGGCAUGCUCUCACUGGGUAUUGGGGAGGAGUUUGCCCCAAAUCCCUGGACAUGGAGCACUACACCCCUUCGCUGAAAUUUCCAGUCCCUUCUCCGGGGGUCUUGGUGAACCAGCCAGAUAUGGCAGGGGACAGUUUGACACUCAAUGGGCUGGGCCUUGUGCAUCCGGGGAAGGCGUUUGACUUCUUCAACGAGUUGCAUGCCUACCUUGCGGCCUCUGGUGUCGAUGGUGUCAAAGUGGACGUACAGAACAUUCUGGAAACCCUUGGGGCUGGGUUUGGAGGACGUGUGAAGAUCACAAAGAUGUACCAGAAAGCUUUGGAGGAGUCCAUCCGCCAAAAUUUCCCUGAUAAUGGCUGCAUUGCCUGCAUGAGCCAUAAUACAGAUGGCCUCUACAGUGCAAAGCAAACGGCUGUGGUGAGAGCUUCAGAGGAUUUCUGGCCAGCGGAUCCAGCAGCACAUACUGCCCACAUAUGCUCUGUUGCAUACAACAGUCUCUUCUUGGGAGAAUUCAUGCAGCCAGACUGGGAUAUGUUUCAUAGUCUGCAUUCUGCCGCAGAGUUUCAUGCGGCUGCUCGUGCCAUUGGAGGAUGUGCAGUGUAUGUGAGUGACAAGCCUGGCAAACACGACUUCACGGUGCUGAGGAAAUUGGUUUUGCCGGAUGGCAAAAUAUUGCGUGCAAGACUUCCGGGGCGCCCAACGCGUGAUUGCCUGUUUAUUGACCCAUUACGGGAUGGCUGCAGUCUGCUGAAGAUCUGGAACGUAAAUGUUGUAGGCGGGGUCGUGGGUGCCUUCAAUUGCCAGGGAUCUGGGUGGUGCAGGACUGGGCUGAAGUAUGUGAUCCAUGACCCAACGCCCAACCGUGCAUCAGGGCAUGUCAAGGCGACAGAUGUGGACAGCCUGGGAGCACUGGUAGCUCAUGAGGCAUGGAAUGGCGAUACUGCUGUAUAUUCACACCUUGGAGGGGAACUGAUCCUCCUUCCUCGGGGGCAGAGUGUACCAGUCACGCUGGGUGUGCUCGAAUACGAGAUCUUCACAGUUGUGCCUGUCAAGGUGGUUGCUCCAGGUGUUCUUUUUGCACCAAUCGGGUUGGUGGACAUGUACAACUCAGGAGGUGCCAUUCUGUUUGCGAAAUAUUUGUCAGACAUGGAGAGGGAGUGUUCCCAUGACGGGUGCCAGCACGUGCCCGAGGCUGAAGCGGAUCACGUUCCUGUGUCGUCUGAGAGUGUAAUGAUGGCAGUACGAGGCUGUGGCCGAUUUGUCGCCUACUCUUCUGAGAGACCCAAGGCAUGCACAGUUGACAAUGACUCGGCCAGUUAUUCAUACUCGGAGGACGAUCAUCGCCUGACUCUUGAGCUUGUGAGACCUGUUGAUGGACAGCUUUGCACUCUAGCUACGUUUUCUGUUGCAUCAUACGAUCUUUUUAUUAGUGCUGCUGUUUUUGGUGAAACUGCACCCUUUGCACUUUGCUUAAAUGACUUUAUGAAUAUUGCGAUGAAAAUGGAGCAUAGCAAAGAGUAUUCUGCUGCACAGGAUACUCUUGGCUUUUCGGCUGAUUGGAGUUGGAAUCUGAGAACGGAGCAUGGCAAAGAUGCCAAAGAGUAUUCUGCUGCACAGGAUACUCAUGGCAUGUCUUUUCGGCUGAUUGGUGCCGGAACUUCAUCCUGAGAGGUUGGGAGUCGAAAUCUCUUAUUCCAAGGGAGGGGUGCUUUGAUUUUCACGUCGACAAAUCGGUGAAACUGUCUAUAGACGUUUGCUUCUGGCGUCUGGUCUGGCCACGAGGAAGCACAUCAGAAUGACCUAUGUCAGUGGUAAUACUGUGGUAUGACUGAGAGUGCCAUGAUUGAGAUAGGACGUGGUGUUCAUUGUGAGAGCUUUUUGGUCAGAGAGAAACUGAGAGAAAAACUGUGCUCAAGGUGAUUGAUGAUGGUUUGUGUGUUUUUGGUUGUACCUUUUGCAUUUUUCAUUAUUGGUCCGCUCAUGUGCGUACGACGUACGAGCAAGCAGCGUUGUAGAUGUAGAUGAUGGGCUUUUAUCAUCACUGCUGGUAGGUAGCUGAGGAGUUAUAUAUUGAAUUAGCAUUGUAGAUCACAGGCUUUGAUGGAUUUUUUUUAUUUUUUUUUUUUUUUUUUAAGAUGGCUCCGUUUUGCUAGUAUGUAACUAGGGAGUCGCAUUGAAUAGGUAACCACACACUGCUGCUGUGAUGUUGGUUUGAUGCCAAUUUGAGAGCAAGUGAAGUGUGUUGAUCCCCCCCUCGUCUUAAUACGAGUGAGCAGCAUUCUAGAUGGCUGGCAGCUUUUUAUGGUCUUUGCCAGUGGGUAGCUAGGAGUUGCAUUCAAUUGGUAAGCACCGCUGCAGUGAUACUCGCUUGGCCCCAAUUUUUUGGGGAGCGCAAUGAAGGGGCGGAUGAACGCCUUCAUACGAGUGAGCAGCAUUCUAGAUGGCUGGCAACAAGUAGUAGGAGUUACGUUGAACAUAUUUGAUGUCGGCUUGAUGACAAGGGCGUUACAUUGAACAUAUUUGAUGUUCGCUUGAUGACAAGGGCGGCUGGACGCCUUCAUACGAGUGAGCAGACAAGGGCGUUACUUUGAACAUAUUUGAUGUUCGCUUGAUGACAAGGGCGGCUUGACGCCUUCAGAUGAGUGAGCAGCAUUCUAGAUGGCUGGCAACAAGUAGUAGGAGUUACAUUGAACAUGUGUUUGAUGUUGGCUUGAUGACAAUUUGAGAGCAAAUUGGUUGGUUGGAUGGCAAUUUGAGAGCGCGAUGAAAGGAGAAGUAUGGUGGGGCAAUAUUUAGUGCUGCGUCCACUGAUAAUAAACUAAGCGUACGAUU